ACCGCCCGUUACGCCGUGAGUCGAGUCGCCUUAAUACCGUUCGUGCCACAGCAAGGUGGAGCUGAGUGUUAUUUUUUUUGCGUGUGUUUUUUGCGUGCUCUUGUGGUUUGAUAGUGUCGCGCGCGUCUGGUGUGCAAUAUUGUUUAGACACGAACAGCCGAAAUCAACUGCUGCUGAGCCACAAACUUAAAACGUUGAACCGAACGAGCAACUAUCAGCCACUGAGUGUAUCCAUUGAGUGGCCAAGAAAAGGGGGAAACCCCCGAGAGAGAGCAUAAAGAGAGGAGAAAAAGUAGGAAGAACACCGCAACCUAAAGCUUCGUCGCAAGAUCACAGAACGGAUCGCAUCAUGACUUUCUAUUGGUGGUCACAUUGGUUCUGGAUAACCUGCCUCAGCGUUCAAUUGCUGUCCAGCCAUGUCCACACAUAUCCCAGAAGCCAGCAGGAGGCGACGCAGCCAGUGGUGCGGCAGACCACGAAACUCUACCAGACAACAGUCAGCCAGACUUGGUCAACGGCCACACAGAGCAACAUCAUGGACCUGACCAACAAGCCAACAACAGCAGCAGCGGCUGCUGUGACGCCUGUGUAUGCGGGGGAAGAUGAGGAUGAGAGUGAGAGUGAAAAUGAGGAUCAGGAGGAGGAGGAACAGCAUGAAGAUCUGCUGCUAAAUGAUGGAGAGGCAGCGCAGGAGGAGGAGCAACAGGCGGCAGGGACAGAUGCCGUUGAAGUGGAGCAGACUGUGGCUCAGUACGAGUUCAAGCGUUCGGCGGAUUUUACCUCCGAGCAGCUAAACAACUUUACGAAUUUUAGCAGUAGCACAAGUACAAACGCCAGCAGCAACAGCAGCAGCAACAGCAGCAGCAGCAGCACUUUGAAGCCUGCUUUAAACAGCAGCAGCAGCAGCAGUCCAGCCACAACAACCACAACGACAGCAGCCAGCACAUCCUCCACACUAGACACAUCCUCCGCCGCCACAACAGCGGCCACAACAGCCCCAGAGGCAUCCACUACUGGUGUGGCAAUGGCAGUUGGUGUCGCCGCUGUCACAGUCACAACACCGUUGACAUCAUCGGCCACACCCUCAACACCGAAAAUCAACACGGAAUGGCUGUCCGACGAGCUGCUGGAGCAUGGCGAGAAGGCGCCCUUCACGCUGGAGAAUGCCAACAAGGAGGAGGAGCUGCGUCGCGCCGAGAGCGAGCAUCGUUCGCGCAAGUCGAAGGUGCUGUCCGCUGAAUAUAAGCACAUCAAUCGGUACAUUAACUUCUCCAGCGACACCAAGAGUCUGCUGACGCGCUCGGCCUCGGCGGCGCCCAGUGUGGCCGAUGGCUAUGACGGGGCCAACGAUGAGGGUAACAUUUCAUCCGAGGCGCUGGCCAUACAGCGCACAUAUUUCCUGGAUGCAGGCGCCAUUUCGGCCAUUUGUUUUACGGUCUUUGGCAUCUGCUGCACGGUGGGCACCAUUGGCAUUGUGCUCUACCGUCGGCGGUUCCUGAACAAGCCGCAGGCGCUGAGCGAGCCCGACUCCAGUGUCUAUAUCGAUGAUAGCACCAUGCGGGUGAGUGACAACUCCGACGAGAUGUACAGCCUGGACAAUGACUCGUUUCUCAACUCGCUGGAGGCGAUGACAAUACAAAACUACUGGACGGACACGGUCAAACAUACAAAGCUUUAAUUUUCCACCCGCUCCCUUCCGACCGUUUAUUGGUUUCUCUUCCUCGCCCCCGUCCCACGUUUUCUGUUUGUUUUUGUUUUUUUUUGUACCCUCUCUGUGGUGGCAUUCCUUUGGAUGCGCAUCCCUCUAACCACAUCAUUAAGCAUUAAGUAGCGUAAGCCUCUAAGCGGGCCCACUCGGGGCUGGGUGUGUAAUUGUAUUUACUAAUGUUAGGCACAACCAAAACGAGCAACUAGUUUAAGUCAACAAACUACCAAAAUUAUGUUUAAACAACAACAAAACCUAGAACCUAAGUGCGCAAAGCAAAGGACGUUUUUUUUGUUGAUCUUUAAAUGAUCAUCCAACUGUCCCCUUCCUGCUCUCUAUGUACCCACACUCCUACUCCCACUCCUACUCGUAUCUAUUAGUUAAUUAUUUUAAUAUCUAUUUAUACUUAUUGUUGUCUACCCCUCCACACACACACACACACACAUCUUAUGUUUCAAACAUACACACACACACACACACGCACGUACAUAUGUAACUUUGUUAAGUUAAUGUCCAACAAUUAAAACGCAAUCAUUCCUUCCAGUUUAGCGUAUAGUGCAAGAACUUAAUAUGUAAUUAUUGUAUUAAAACUGAGACAAGCA